AAAUGUACAGCACGGGUUCGAACAUAAACGCGGCUUGUAUACUGACGUUUUUUGUUGUGUUCAUGAUAGGUAGUCUAAAUAUAGAUUGCUUGAUACUUACUAUUCUAUAAACCUUUUUGCAAUGACUCCCGAGAAAAGGCUUGCGGACGAUGAUGCAGGCGAACAGGAGCCUAAAAGACUGAAAGAAGACUCCGAUGAUGUUUCUGAAGGAGCUUCAAAUAAAACUGAGACAGAGGAAAAGCCCGAGGCUGUCAGUUCCGAUGCACCAACAGAAGAAGUUGAAAAUUCAAAGGAUGAAAAAUUUGUGGUAUCAGAAGAAUGUGGCACUCUGCUCCUGUCGGGCUGUGUCCAGUGGAACCUCAUUGGUCGACGUAACUUGAAAGCUACGCCAGCACUGCAGCAUUUCACUCCCCGCCGUGCUAAAACCUUUGCCAACAUCAAAGUGUCAUUUGUGGCAUCACACUGUUCUGCAGCUCAUCAUAUAAUCAUCACUCAAGAUGGCACUGUUUACACUAUGGGUCGCAAUGAGAAAGGCCAGCUAGGCUGUGGGGACUGUGAGGAACAUGCUGGUCCUGUUAAGGUGAACGCACUUGAUGGACUUCAUGUUAUUGCUGGUGCUGUUGGCAGGAACCAUUCCCUCUUCCUGACUGAUGAUGGCACAGUAUAUGCUUGUGGUGAUAACAAGAGUGGUCAGUGUGGUGUGGGCAACAACACUGCCGUCAUCACAACUCCAACUAAAAUUGAUUUCAAGGAAGGCAGAAUUAGCAAGGUUGCGUGUGGAGCUGAGUUCAGCAUGAUCAUAGACAAGCGUGGGUACCUUUACUCCUUCGGCUGCCCUGAAUAUGGACAGCUUGGUCACAACACCGACGGCAAAUAUUUUAUUACAAGCAAUAAACUUUCAUUUGAAUUUGUAACUUCACCGCGACGCAUUCCUGUUUUUGUUGAAUGUGCUAAAGGCGGGCCCAUCAAACCCAUCCCUGAUGUGCACGUCACUGAUGUGGCUUGUGGAAAUAAUCACACCGUGGUUCGAGAUUCACAAAAGAGGGCGUUUGCCUGGGGCUUUGGAGGCUAUGGCCGUCUGGGCCAUGCUGAGCCCAAAGAUGAGAUGAUCCCGCGGCUCAUCAAGUUCUUUGAUGGCCACAAUCGCGGCGUGCUCCAGGUGUUCUGCGGGUCAACCUUCACGGUGGCCAACACGGAGCUCGGCGUCUACUUGUGGGGGCAGACAAAGCGCACAGGCGAGGCCAACAUGUACCCUAAACCCAUCCAGGACCUGUAUGGCUGGAACGUGCGAUCUAUUGGGUGUUCAGCCACCAGCAUCGUGGUGGCGGCCGACGACAACGUCAUUGCUUGGGGGCCAUCGCCUACCUACGGUGAACUGGGCCUUGGCGACAACAUUAAGUCCAGCACCACUCCUAAGGAGUGUAAGCAUCUGGACGGCGUGCACGUGUACCAAGUGGCGUGCAGUGCGGGACUCACGCUCUACAUAGCGAGAGACUCCACUGAUCAAGACAAAGGCCUUCUUGCUAAACUCAAAGAGGUCCCCGUCUAGAUCUGAGGGCUGCUCUCCAUUGAACUGUUCAUUCAACUUCCUACCUGAAGCCGAGGUACAAACCCUUGAACAUCUGGGACACACACGGCUGUCGUUCUCAUCAGCUGUCUUAAAUGUCGAUCGGUGUGCUCCUGCAUCCUACGGGCAGUGUUGUAGCCUGAUCAUUAUCUGUAUUUAUUCAUAAAACUUUAAUCAAAAUACCUGUAAACACUUGCAGUUUCUGGAAUGCCAGUCAAUCCUUCGUAUGAAUUGAUAUACCUUUAAGGACUAUACGACUUAUACUACUUUGGUAUCCAGGUCAUUCGUAACGUUUGAAAUAUUAAUGCAGUGAAAAUUAUCUCGAUACACGUUGUGGUCGUUUUUAUUUACUUAAUUUCAAAUUACAUUUUUCAGGUUGUGACGAUAAAGCAUAUUAUAUAUGGCUCCGCGGGUAUUCAGGGCUUUGAAUUUUUUGGUAAAUAAAAAAUUGCUGUAUUUACAAAUACGAUUAUUUACAUUGAUACCUGCUCAAACAAAUCUUUAGUAUUUGGGAUGAUCCUUGCUGUAACACUGCCUCGAGGUUGAAGGCUUUCAUGUACCCUUGUCGCGUGCGGGUGUGCACGUUUUCUCAAAAUUCUAUUAGCUUUAUUUAUUACACUUAGUAUUAUCAAUAUGUGUGGCCCUCGGUAUGAGAUCAUUGUUGCUGUGACUUGCACAAGACAGCCCCGCUGUCAUCGAAUGAUAGCAAUAAUUGCUUAGCUUUAAUACGCGUCGUCGGUGCGACGUGACUCGGAUAAGAGUGGACGACCCACCAAGUGAUGACUUAGCGUAUGUGAUGUGGAAUCAGCUUUUUAUUCUAAGACUUGAAUGUACCUGAUGUCAUGAUUCCAAACUCAACUCAGUUGUGAUCUUAUGUUUUGGUUGCUUUUCGGGUGUUUCUUCCAAAUCAUUAGGGUUUCACACCAACCAUAUAUUUAUCCUGCCUCAUCUGCAAAUGAAUUUGAGGAUUUUCAAAAUUUUUUGGCUGACAUUGAUGUUAAUUAGUUUCAAUAAUUAAACGAUAUUUUCUGCAGGUGACAGUCAAACAUAUAUUUUUUUAUUUGCGCUAUGGUAUUCUAACUCGAAUUUCAAAGUUCCUGUACUCAGCUCCUUGCAUUAUGUGUUGCGACUAAAUACAGAGUUGGUGCUAUCUCGAUCAUUAAAACUGAGAUCUAACUGAAUACCCUAUGGUCAUGAUCGAAAUUUCCCGAGAUGUUGUAUUGCAGAUCAACCCUGAGGAUCCUAAAGUAAUUCUAAUGACUUAGCUCUGCCUCACCAUUCCUUACGAACGAUAAUUGAAUGUUUUCUUUGGAAAAUUAUUGAAUCAUCUCGUUUUUAAAUGAAUGUUCUCUCCUUGUCCUACAAAAAGGUCACAGUGAAUGCAUAAUAUGAUGUGAAUGCAUUAAUUUGUUCGUUGUCUCGCUAAUCAAAAUAACCAUCCGGCCAUAUGUGUAGAGAUCACUCGGGGCAAUGCCUGGUCACAAGGUUCGUGCUCAGUAACGCUAGUUAUAUUUCCCCUGUAGUAUUUGUGUUUUUCAUUUUCAUCAUCCUGCUGAUGGUACAAGAAUGUUCCAUCCUCCAGAUAAUUACGUCAUCUCCAGGGCAGUCCAUAAUUCCCUCUUGGCUGUGUAGGGUUAGAAAUUGAAAUUUAUGGUAAUACUAAAGUUUUAUAUUUCUGUAAGAAUAUUAUUGCUCAUAACUUAUAUUCCUAUCGAAAUAUGUCCUGGUAGAGGACCGAGUUCGGAGUUCUCAACCGUAGACCAGAAAAGAAUUUGCUAUUAUCAUUCUUUCAGAUUUUGACCAAUGAACUAUUAUUGUUGCCUUUGGAAAUAAGCUUAGAUAUGUCGCUGAUAUUUGUCGUAUGUUCGUCUUGAUCUUUAGGCGCGUAAGUGAAUUUGUCAUCCAAAGAUCUCUGGUGUCUCUACGAGGCCUUUUCUACAUUUUGUUCUCUAGCUCUAGUGGGAGUAGCGGGAUUAUUAUAGCUUUCAUCUGGUACUAAACUGAUCUAACCA